AUGGCGGCUCAAGCGGGGGACCCCCAGGCGGCCCUGCUGUCGGACCUGGCAGCCCUGAAGCUUCAAGAGGGAGAUGCACAAGGGGCGGAGCAGCUGUUCAGGAAAGCCCUGAAGGCCCAGCAGCAGCGGCAAGCCGGCGGCACCGCCGACGCCGACGCCGACGACUCGGCGGAAGAGGACAGCUGGGAAGCCUGGGACGAGGCCACCGCACUACCGCCGCGGCCCGCCCCCCCCGCAGCAGCGUCACGCGACGACGGGGACGGCUGGGAGGCGGCAGCGGCCGCCGCCGCCGCCUCGUCCCGCAGCCGGCCAGCUCCCUGCGGCGGCGGAGGCACCUUUGGCGUCGGCGGCCCCGCCAGCAGCAGCGGCAGCGCCUCCGCCGGUGCACUCCCAUUCGGCGGGGGCCACGUGUUGGAGCUGUACGAUUUGACGCCUGCAGUACGCACCCAGCACCUGGAGGCGUUCCUGGAGCGCUUCUGCGGCGGCCACCCCGUGCAGCCCACGCUCAAGUGGGUGGACGACUGCCACGCCGCAGUCGUGUGUGCUGACCCCCAGGCAGCGCGGCAGCUGCUGGGGGCAGCCACGGCGGCAGGCGCGGACGCAGAGUUCAGGUUGCGCGGCUACGCAGAUGCCGGCAGCGGCACACGCAAGCUGCCCGCCUCGGAGCUGCAGCCGCCCAAGCCGCGGCCCGCGACAUCGGCAGCAGUGGCUCGCCGCCUGAUUGGCGGCGCGCUCAACAUGCGGCUCAGGGACAAGGAUGCGGAGCAGCAGCUGGCGGCGACGCGGCGGCAGCAGCGCGAGGAGCGCGAGGAGCGGCAGAAGGCGCUGGAUGCCACCUGGGAGGCGUAG